GAGUGAGGUGUUCCUGCUGAGCUGGUUACACCUGUGAACACAGCAGGACCUGAAUCAUGGAGUCCGCAGAGCUUACUUGCCGAGGGAGACAUUCACAGGCACCGUAAAGGAGGACGGGGGAAGGGAAGUUUCUUGGGCUUUCCUCCAAGUGGAACAGCGACAACAACAAAAAAAAUCCUUGAUGAAAUUUCGAAGGAAGUAAAUAUUGUUUCAAGUCUGGUAACUAAGCCGAUCGAGCAUUCGCUGUGUGGUACUUGCGUUUGUUUUUUGGACACAUGGUGGUGAAGGCUGAGUUGAAGAUCACUUUGCUUUGAACCAAUAGAUAUUAAGAUUAUUGACCACUGGUGAGGUUGUUGACAGCCAAUGGCCCGUUACAGAUACUUCAUAUUUAAUCAGCGUGUUAUGGUUAUCCUGGGAUUUCUCCAGAUAGCUUGUGCUGCAGUGUGUGUAGUGUCUGGCUUUAUGGAUACAAUUUUCAGGAAAAGUUCAGUACUCAGCAGAACCAGAAUACCCAUCUGGACUGGAAUGGCAAUGGCCUUUCCAGGAGUUCUGGCAUUAUUUUCUUCUCAGAGAAAGAAUCCUAUUCUUGUAAGCAGUAUGGUUGCGUCAGCUGUAUUUUCCUGGAUUACCACAACUAUUUUGAUAAUAUAUGCAGCUUUGACAUUGAACUAUGGUGAAGAUGAUGAUGAAGUGUUCCAGCAUAAACCCAGUCAUGUAAUUCAUAUGGAAUAUAUACUCACCAAAUUUGUCCAAGGAGCGAAUUUGGCGAUAUUAAUUGCAUCUGUGAUUAGUAUGAUGACGACAACUUUAAUAGCGUUUCUUGGUUGUCGGAGCCUUCCCAUUUGUGGAUGCUAUGACAGUACAACCGGAAUGCAGUCACUGAUGACAGAGGAUCGGCAGCCUCAGACAAUUGAAUUGGUCUGCACCUGGCAAGGUGAUCAGCGAAUUCUAAAUGAUCCAGUAGGAUACAACGACUGGGACAUAGACACGGAAGAUUCAGAGCUUACAUCAAAGCCAGUACCUUACAUCCAACUUGCUUAAAACACUUUUAACUGCAGACACAUUUGAUAGUUGUAUUUACCAUUUUAUUGGACCACGUUGGCAUGAAUUUUAUAUGAACUGUGAAGAUUAAGCCUUACUCACCUAUAAAAUUUGGAGCAUUGAAAUUCCACACAUUUUAGCUGUGAUGCCUUGACAGUUAUAAUUGCUGCUCACAUCAAUGCUAGGCAUAUUACACAAGUAAUUACACAGUGGGGAGAAUUGUAUGUUGAGUAACAUUUUAUGCCAUUUUGAAUCUUUUGAAGAUAAAUAUUCUUGCUGUGAACAGAAGGGUAUGUAACUGUAGUACUGUAAUAAGUAAUCUGGGAAUGAACAACUCAGACCUCAGCAGUAAUUGUCUAAUGAAUUUGUUUCAAGUUGGAGUGCUGCCAGUUUUUCAUUUUCAAGUUAUAAAUUAAGUAUGGGAAAGGUGGAAGUUUUUUUUUAAAUUGUGCUUUGUUUCUCAAAACUGUGUAGCCUGCAAACUAAAAGGCGAUUUGCAAUUUUAUUUUAUUUUAAACAACCUGCUACCAACAUCUUGGACAUAUGGAAAUAACUUCACUUGUGAUCCAUUUGUGUAUUAUUUUUAAGAAGACUUCUCCUUUCGUUCAGUUUUACUUGCCUGUUGCCCUUGGCCUUAAUCACACACAUGGAAAAUGUUGGGGUGAGGAGAGAUCAUAUAUUCUGGAAUUGAGAAUCGGCAUGAAUGAUGCAUUCCAGUACUUCACCCAAAUCUAAAUAGUUAUUCGUUGUAUGAGACAAGUCAGUGUCAGGGACAACAGCUGAUGGCACUGCAGUUGUACACCCAUUAGCACUUAAUGCAUACUUUUAUGAGAAUCACUGGGUAGCAACCUGCUGCAGAAACCUACUGUAUUCCCCAAACACAGAGGAUCAGGACAGGUGUGAUUCUGACACUGCUUGUAGUCAGCAUAGACCAUGGCAUCUACCUGGAUCAAUCCUGGCUGUUGUUGCUAAUGUAACUAAUUCGGUUGGGUAGCUAAAUUUUGACAUAGAAUUGGGCUGAUGCACUGUUUUUGACAUGAGACAGAUACAUUAUUUCUUUUGAAAGUUUGUCUUUGUCUAAUGGGUUGAUGUGCAGGACUGCAAUUUUUAACAACUUCAUAUUGCCUAGAGUAUGCAAUUCUUUCAUUUCUCAAGUCUUCCAGUGAUGUGAACCAACUCCCCAGCUGACACAGAGACUAAUAUCUGCUUCAAAUUCCCAUUGCCAUUCCAAAAAUAUUCAGUAAGGUGUGAAAUGAUGAGAUAGUAGGAACUGCAGAUGCUGGAAAAUCUGAGACAACAAGGUGCAG